AUGCGCAUAAGACUGCCCUUCGCAGGCGCCUUCCUCUUCCUCAUCGCAACAGCAGGCUACGCUGGCCUCACCUCUCUGCAGCUAGAGAACUUCCCAGUCAACGAUAAAGUCUUACACAGCUUGACAUUCUUCGCGCUGACGACAUGUUUCUACUGGAUCCUUGAUACCUCGCGAAGGCGGAAUCUCAACUUGACAUUUAUCUUUUGCACAGGCAUCCUCGGAGUCGGUUCUGAGUUUCUUCAGUACUUUUUGCCGAAUGACAGAAAAUUCGAUGUCUAUGAUAUAGUAGCCAAUGUAGUGGGGAGUUUGGCCGCUUUGGCGUUGAGCUCAUGGUACCACACGAGGAUGUUGGAAAGGAAACGGCUUGCGAAGAAUUACCAAAUCAUCCCAGGCGAUGAGGAUGUCGAGCUUGGAGAAGGUGUUGGAGUACAAGAGAGUGGAACGGUUGGGGUUACAAGGUCGCUCGAGCAGGAGGUUGAUAAUUGGGACGAGAAUGUUGCGGAUAAUUGGGAUGAUGAUGAACCUACGGGGACGGACGAGGGCGACGGUCCUAAGACUCCGAGUGCCAGCAGUGCUGGGGAAGCAGAGGAAACUAAAAAGAGAGCUGACUAG